AUGGGACGCAAUCACAGCAAAGAAAUGUUGCAGCUAAGAAGCGAGCGUUUCGUAAGUGCGAAGUCAUCGGAUCUGAAACAAAUGAAUCUGAAUCCAAUCUAUGGCUACCAGCAUCUACAUGUUCGAAGAUUAGAGGAAGCUGUCGAAGGACUUGAUCGAUUGGUUCCUGGUUUGAUGACCUAUGUAAAAAAAGCGAAAGAAGACUGCAAUCGAAGUUCAUCACUACUGACACACGAUGAAUCAGCAGCAAUUUAUCUCUAUUCUAUGCCAAUACCAUUCUUUUCAACGCUAAAUGCUACGCUUCGAAAGAAAAAUCGUGAUGCAUUGAAACCAUGGUUUGGAUACUUGAAACUGUUCAUAACGGCUCUAGAGAAAUUACCCUACGUAAACACCGUUGUUUGGCGUGGAGUAUCAGGUGACAUCGGAUCCGAUUUUGUCGACGGUUCGACGGAGACUUGGUGGAGUGUUAAUUCGUGUUCAACAGAUCUAAACGUUGUUGAAUUAUAUUUAGGCAAGACUGGUACGGUGUUCGCCAUUGCUGUAGUGAACGGAAAAGAUAUUUCCAACUAUUCAACUUUCAAAGAAGAACACGAAGUCGUUCUUUUGCCAGGAAGCGCUCUGCUCAUCAAAAGCAAACCACUCAGUUUUGAAGAGCGUCUCUUUAUUGUUCACUUGGAAGAAAAAUCAGGCAAAUCUGGACAAGCAUCGAAUCCGUGUGCUGCGGCUGGUAACCAGAUUCGAUCUGAUAAUUCGAACGAGGCUCAGCCAUUAAGCUACAAGGAGUCUGAUUUUCCAUUGCAUCAUUCUUUGGAUUUGUCAUCAGUUCGAAGUGAACCAUGGAAAGUUCGAUCGUUGCACGAAUUCCGCAGUUAUAACCCGCUAAAAAUUAUAAGCACUAAUGACGAAAUUUUACUCCUUUAUGGUGAUAAACAAUUUUUUCUGCUAAACAACAACCUCGAAACUGUCAGUACAUUGAAGAACAAUAUCCUUUCAUCGCUCGAAAUUUUGGACAUAGCUUGGUCAUCAUUGCUUUGCCGAUUCAUUGCCGUUACAGAGAAAAAUGCUUAUAUAUUCGAUCCAAAGACUUGCAAGCUAUCUUGCGUUGAAAACGUCCAACUGCGACGGAAGGAGAAGAAAUUCAUCUCUUGUACAUGUACGGGUAACACACUUUUUAUAAGUACAGUCAACGACAACUACCCAUUCCACGUUGACCAAUACAAUCUACCAGAUUUUACCUUCUUCCGACAGUAUACUGUUUCGGACCUGAUAGAAGCCAAGCUCAAUAAUAAGAAUGUGAGCAAAUUUAUAGACGAUAAACGUAAAAUAUCCACUAUACGUGCUAACAGAGGAAGACUUGCCGUGAUUAUGAAGAUUAAAUACAAACAUUAUUUAUAUGUGGUGAAUAUGACAAAAGAACCAUUUGAAGCUGGCAUGAUGCCCCUACCAUCAUCUGGUUAUAAAAUAAACCGAAUUGCAUCGACUGGCGAAUGGCUUAUGGUGUGCGAUGAUUACGACAACAAUAUUACGCAGAUUUCUCUUGAUCGUGAAUUUAAAACAGAAUAUGAAGCCAAAAAGAAGUAUAACUACGAUAAAGUAAAAUUUGCACUCAUGUUUGGACCAUCGUCUGUUGUAAUCGUUUGCGGCGAUAAUCUCGAAAUGUAUCAAGUAUAA